AUGAAGUUCACCGGAAUCGCCUUCUCCCUCGCCUUUGCUGGUGUUGUCUCCUCUGCGGCUCUGCCCCCUGUCGGUCUCCCUAACAUGUCCGGCCCUGAGGGAGCCAUUGGUAAGCUCGAGGGUCAAGCCGGUAGCAUCAUCACCGGCGCUGUCAAGCGCCAGACCCAAGGAAUCAUGGAUACUGUUUCCGAAAUGACCAAUAGUCUGCAUGGUGUUAAGCGUCAGCUUCAAUAUCUCCAGCCCAUCACCGAAAGUGUGGCUAGCUCCAUGAACGGCGGUACUGGUGUUGUUGGCAGUGCCGUGGGCACUGUUGAGACCACUGUCGGAGGUGCCGCCGGCACCGCUGAGAACAGCGUCACUGGCGUCCUUGGUGCUGCCAAGCGCCAGAUGCACAAUGGCGACGAGAAGGUCGAGGGCCCCUUGCACGAGGUUGAUGUUUUGCGCCGACAGGAUCCCAUUCAGCCCAUCUCUGAGGGUGUUGCCAGCACUUUAAACGGUGGAGCUGGUAUCGUUGGUGGUGCUGUUGGUACGGUUGAGACCACUACUGGCGGUGUUGCUGGCACUGCCGAAAAUACUGUCGCCAAUGGCCUGGCUCACGUCAAGCGUCAAUUCGGCAACCUUCCCGCCACCAUGCAGCAGACCGGUACUGAUGUUCUCGCUGGCCUCAGCGGCAACCCCAGCGGCAUCUAUGGUGCGCUUGCCAACCUCCAAAUGAUUGUUGCCGCCGGCAAGCUUAACCCCUCCGACAUCAACGACCCUACUGGUGCCGUCCAGCGCGUCAUUGCCAACCUUGCGGUCGCAUAA